GGCGUGUCUGGCCGAAGCUGGCAGCCGCAGCGGGUGUAGCUACGGCCUCUGCCUCCACCAUCGGAGCCCGGAAGGCAGUUUUUUAAAGCAACAAUAUUUCUGCCGAAUUUAACCCGAUGGAAGUUCCUCUGAAUUUUGCUUCGGGGAUGACAGGACCAAGGCCAGUUGUUCUCAGUGGACCAUCAGGUGCUGGGAAAAGCACCUUGUUGAAAAAACUUUUUCAAGAAUAUGGCAACAUUUUUGGCUUCAGCGUCUCUCAUACCACGAGGAGCCCCAGGCCUGGAGAAGAAAAUGGCAAAGAUUAUCACUUUGUGACCAGGGAAGAGAUGCAAAGAGACAUUGAUGCUGGAGAAUUCAUCGAGCAUGCUGAAUUCUCAGGAAACAUGUAUGGGACAAGCAAGGCCGCUGUGCAGGCCGUGCAGGCGAUGAACCGCAUCUGUGUGUUAGAUAUCGACCUGCAGGGGGUGAGGAACAUCAAGAAGACCGAGCUGCAUCCCAUCUAUAUCUCCAUCCAGGCGCCAUCCCUGGACAUCUUGGAAAAGCGACUGAGAGACAGGAAGACAGAAACAGAGGAAAGCUUAAAGAAGAGGCUGGCUGCAGCUGCGCGCGACAUGGAGAGCAGCCAGGAGCCCAACCUGUUCGACUUGAUCAUUAUCAAUGAUGACUUGGAGGAGGCUUACAUGACGCUGAGGAAGGUGCUGGCUGAGGAAAUCCAGAAGGCCCAGCAACCCAGCAAGUCGUGAGCAGAAACCUGAGGCCGUCCCACUGCCCUCCCCCAAUCCCUUUACAUUCCGAGAGACACAUUCCCUUGAGUCUGACCCCUCCCUACCCUGAGCCGCAGA